AUGCCAGCAUUGACCAAGUAUGAGCCGCGAGAACGAAGACCACCGCCUUCUCGCGGAGGAGGAGUAGCCCCAACACCAGACAUCAAGGCCCUGAGAGACCCUAGACUUGUGGCCGACCAAUAUGUUGCCAAUAUCCUAAGCGACGCGACCGAGGAUGAGAUCCGCGACUAUGAGGCCGCCCUGCGUAACCUGAAGAACCGGGCUACUACCGACCUACAACAGAAUGUCUACCAGAACAGAACUCAGUUUAUAAAAAUAAGCAAGGAAGCUGAGAAACUGAAGGGAGAGAUGCGGGCGCUGAAGAACCUAAUGUCAGAGCUGAAAAUCAACACGACUGCAUUGAGAUCUGCAUCAUCAAAGGAGAACGCCGAUUCUCCAAGUCUGAAUGGCGAUUUCUCGACGAACCUUAGCAAGAGAGACAAGCGAAGCUCAGUCGCGGAUCGGACGCAGCUUUGGAACUCUCAGAUGCAGGCGCUCUACAAGAACGUUGAGGGAUCACAGAAGUUCUUGCCGACUUCUAUUGGCCGCCACGUCGUGCAAGAUGCCGGUUCUUGGAUCGAGCUAGAUAAUGCGACCUACAAGUCUCGUCGCUCCAUGCAAAUAUUUCUUUUGAACGAUCAUCUUCUUAUUGCUUCUAGAAAGAAAAGAAAGACAGAAGGUUCUGGAGCUGAUUCGCGUGGCCCGCCUGUCAAGCUUGUAGCAGAUCGCUGCUGGCCACUCCUUGACAUUGAGGUUGUGGACAUGGCGGGAACAAGUGACACAUCAACUGGCAGAAACAAGCUUGCAGAUGCCGUGAUGGUUAGGGGCGUAGGCCAAGAGUCGGUGAUAUACCGUACCGAAAAGCCAGAAGACACAGCCAAGGCAUCGCUUAUGCUUAAUAUACGAAGAACUGUCGAAGAGCUGCGCAGAGGCCUACAGUCUGAGGUUGAAGCGAAUAACAAAGCCAAGGAGACAAUCAACUACUUUGCUUCGAGGGACCCUGGGCUCCUGCAGAAGACAGCCCUCCUCGAGACUUUGUCCGAUAUCAAGGAUAUGCUGAUUGAAGUGGAUGGGAAGCAGCAAAAUCUACGAUGGGUAGAAAGCCAGAUGGAUGAGCUGGACAUUGACAUUGCCCUCCAGAGACUUGAGCCUGCCGUUGUGCGAGUCGAGAAGAUGAAAGCGCUGGCACGUGGGCUGAAAAAUAAUGCCGUCGCCCAAGACUUUAUUGAGUUCAAAGUUGAGGAGAGAUGCUCCAGGCUGGCUACCGUAAUCACGCGUGAGCUGGUCGACACUCAUAAUGAACAAAGGAAAACGAAGCGCAAUGUUGUCUGGCUGACACGACUCGGCUUUGAAGAUCGUGCGAGAGAAGCUUACCUGGAGGCCAGGAGCAACAUAAUCCAGAAGCGAUCUCGUCAAUGCAUCUUCCAGGGUGACCUUCAGCUCUACAUCUGGGAAGUAUCUUUUGUCUAUUUCUCCAUCAUCAAGAAUACUGUAAGCUGCUUCCAAGGCUGCUUCCCCCCUCCGAUGAUGAGUGCCUGUGUCAAAUGGGCAAAGGAAGAAGUAGAGGCGUUCAAUGCCAUUCUAGCUCGCCAACUCAGCAGCACUGAUCGUGGCGGCGAAGUGUGGACCAAAUGUAUGAAUCAGGCGAAGGACCACGCCAAGAUGCUCUCUGAAGUUGGCCUUGAUUUUCGCAAUCUGGUUGGACAGGACAUGAAUGUAUCGCCUGAGACCAAUGGAGGUCCGGUAGGGCUGGGACUAUCUUAA